CAUAUGGUAUCCGGCGGCCGGCACACUUCAGCGCGCAGUUCAACGGUACGCUCGCCAGGCUCAAAGCUGUGGUUUGAUACAUUAUUAUUAAACGGACAACGGCAAUACUAUCAUAACUUAUAAUAAAUAAUAAACUAUUAUCCUGCGGGACGCGAUAAAUAAAAGGUUGAUUUGGACGGGCCACGGACGCGACGGAAAUGAUCGAACUAAACGUUUAUAGUGUGGUGUUGAUGCCUUUGGUGGGUUUGAUAUCGUGGGCGGUAUGGUUGCGGCUCCGUAUGCCGCUGGAAUACCGAAAUAUCUCGUCUCGUGUACCGUCCGUUACGAAAACCUUUUGGAGUGAGAUGCUGUUUUCGUGGAAGAUGGCAAUGCUUAAACCCAAAGGAAUAUUGCCAUUUAUUAUGGAGUUGGCAAGAAAUAACGGUCCAGUAGUUCAUUUUAACCUUUCGGGUCGAUCAUACGUUUUGUUAAACAACCCAGACGAUAUAAAAAUUGUACUGUCUAGUACACAACAUAUCAAAAAAGGAGCGGAAUAUGACUUCUUGAAACCUUGGCUGAACGAAGGUCUUUUAUUGAGCUCAGGUCAGAAAUGGCGUAACCGACGCAAGCUCCUUACCAACACGUUUCACUUCAAGACAUUAGACAUGUACAAUCGUUCAAUAAACAAACACUCUCGUAUUUUGGUGGGUAAGCUAUUGGAUGCUUCUGCGAACAACAAUAAAGAAAUCUCCAUCGCUGACUACGUGACAUUGUGUUCUCUAGACAUUAUUUGUGAAACAAUAAUGGGCACUGAGAUGAAUACUCAAGAUGGUAAAUCAGUUCAAUAUGUUCAAUCAAUCAAAAGUGCUUGCAAAUCAUUAAUUGAACGUAUUUUCAAAUUCUGGCUGUGGAACGACCUGAUUUAUAAAAUGAGCGGAAGUGGUCAAAGUUUUUAUAAAUCAAUCAAAGUUCUACAUGAGUAUACUGAUAACGUGAUUAAAAAUAAACGAUUGUCGUUGAAUAAUUCAGAAAUUGAAAAAGUUCAAUCAGACAAAAAAUCAAAAAACAAAUCGUUCUUAGACUUACUUCUCGAGGUCUUGGAAAAUAAACCGGAUCAGAUGAACGAUAGAGACAUUCGUGAGGAAGUUGAUACAUUUCUUUUUGAAGGCCACGACACAUCAUCAAUUUCGAUGAUAAUGACUUUGGUUUUGCUAGGGUUGGAUCAGGAUAUUCAAAAUCGAGCUAGGGACGAGUUGUAUAGCAUUUUUGGAGACUCCGACAGAGAUGUUACUAUGGAAGACUUAAAUGCCAUGCAAUACUUAGAAGCCAUCAUAAAAGAAUCUCUUCGACUUUAUCCAAGUGUUCCAGAGUUUACGAGAGAACUAGAAACACCACUAUUGAUUAACAAUUAUACUAUUCCUCCGAAGACAAUAGUAACAAUAUUUCCCUAUAUUCUACACCGUAAUGAAAACAUAUAUCCAAAUGCUGAAGAAUUUAUACCAGAAAGGUUUUUAGACGAGAAAAAUAAAGAAAAAUUUAAUUUUGGAUAUAUACCAUUCAGUGCUGGCGCCAGAAAUUGUAUUGGACAAAAGUAUGCAAUGAAUCAAAUGAAAACUGUUAUAUCAACCAUAUUACGAAAUUUAAAAUUUGAAACAUUAGGACGAAAAGAAGAUAUCCAAAUUAGUACGCAAAUAGUUUUGAGAAUAGAAUCACUUCCUAAGAUGAUUUUUUUUAAACUUAAAUAUCGUUAUAACUUCUAUUACAAUAAUUUGUUCGUCGAAAUAGCGACGCAACGUGAUAGAUACACCGUUAAUUUUGAACGAACGGAAAUGAUCGAAUUAAACGUUUACAGUGCGGUGUUAAUGCCGUUGGCCGGUUUGAUAUUGUAUGCGGUAUGGUCGCGGCUCCGUAUGCCACUGGAAUACAGACAGAUCUCGUCUCACGUGCCAUCCGUUACGAAAAGCUUUUGGAGUGAGAUGGUACUUUCGUGGAAACUCGCGAUGCUGAAACCCGUGGAUAUAUUACCAUUUUUAACGGAUUUAAUAAGAACAAUUGGUCCAGUAGUUCAUUUUAACCUUUCGGGCCGGUCAUAUGUUUUGCUAAACGAUCCAGAUGAUUUAAAAAUUCUACUGUCCACUACCCAAUAUAUCAAAAAAGGUCCAGAGUAUGACAUGUUGAAACCUUGGCUGAACGAAGGCCUUUUAUUGAGCUCAGGUAAAAAAUGGCAUAACCGGCGGAAGCUCCUUACCAACACAUUUCACUUCAAGACAUUAGACAUGUACAAUCCUUCCUUAAAUAAACAUUCGCGCACGUUGGUUGAUAAACUAUUGAAUGCGUCUGCGAAUGGCAAUAAAGAAAUCUCCAUCUUUGAAUACAUCACCUUAUGUUCUCUGGAUAUGAUUUGUGAAACGAUAAUGGGAACUGAAAUGAAUGCUCAAGAAGGUAAAUCAACUCAAUAUGUUCAUUCAAUUAAAAGUGCUUGCAAAUCAGUGAUUGAACGUGUUUUCAAAUUUUGGCUGUGGAACGAUCUGGUUUAUAAAAUGAGCGAAAGUGGUCAAAGUUUUUUUAAAUCAAUCAAAGUUCUACAUGAGUAUACUGAUAACGUAAUUAAAAGUAAACGAGCAUCGUCGAAUAACUCAGGAAUUGAAAAAGUACAUACAGACAGUAAAUUUGAAAAAACGCAAAAGAAAUCGUUCUUAGAUUUACUUCUUAACGUCUUAAACGACACACCGGACCAGAUGACCGAUAAAGACAUUCGUGAGGAAGUAGAUACAUUUCUUUUUGAAGGCCAUGACACAACUUCCAUUGCGAUGACAAUGAUUUUGGUUUUGCUGGGCAUGCAUCCAGAUAUACAAGAACAAGCUAGAGAUGAGAUACAUAGAAUUUUUGAAUACUCUGAUAGAGAUGCUACAAUGGAAGAUUUAAAUAACAUGAAAUAUUUAGAAGCCGUAAUCAAAGAAUCGCUUAGAAUGUAUCCAAGUGUGCCAGCUUUUACGAGAGAACUAGAAAAACCAUUGCACCUCAAGAACUAUAUUAUUCCUGCAUUGACUACAAUAACAGUAUAUCCCUUUAUUUUACAUCGUAAUGAAGACAUAUAUCCAAAUCCUGAAGAGUUUAUUCCUGAUAGGUUUUUAAAAGAAGAAAAUAAAGCAAAUUUUCUAUUUGGAUAUUUACCGUUCAGCGCCGGCGCCAGAAACUGUAUUGGACAAAAGUAUGCAAUGAAUCAAAUGAAAAUAGUUGUAUCGACUAUUUUACGUAAUGCGAAGAUCGAAUCCAUAGGACGCAAAGAAGACAUUCGAAUUAGUACUCAAUUAAUCAUAAGAAUAGAAUCAAUCCCAAAGGUGAAAUUUUAUAAACUUUAAUUAUCUAUAGCAUAGCGUAUAGAUUAAAAUAAUUAUAGAUACUCAUUUUUACAUAAUAUUUUA